CUGAUCACGCUGCGCGCAGCCGAGCUGGUUCAAAAGGCAGAUGUCAUACUCUACGACAGGCUGGUAAACAAGGAGAUACUCGCGAUGGCCAGGGAUGGUGCACAGAAGAUCUACGUGGGCAGGGCAGUGGGCGAUGACACCACCCACCAGGAUGCCACAAACAGGCUGAUGGUGCACCAUGCAGAGGCCGGAAGGGACGUGGUGCGCCUCAAGGGCGGGGAUCCGACGAUCUUUGGAAGGGGAGGCGAAGAGGCCGAGUACCUGCAGGCGCACAAGAUCAGAUACGAGAUCAUACCCGGGAUCACGUCUGGAAUCGGAUCCGCCGCAUACUCGGGGAUUCCAUUGACCCACAGGCAGUACGCCUCGUCGGUGGCAUUCGUUACGGGCCACGAAGACCCCACAAAGGGCGAGGAGGCGGUAAAGUGGGAGGCGCUGGCAGGAUCUGUGGACACCAUAGUGGUCAUGAUGGGACUGUCCCGCAUCGGGGAGAUCUGCCGUCAGCUGGUUCAGGGUGGCAUGGAUCCCAAGACCCCGGUGGCCGUAAUCCAGAACGGCACCACGCCACUGCACAGGAUGGUUACGGGGGACCUCACGGACAUAGCAGAUGUGGUAGGGAAGAGUGGCAUCACCCCGCCAACCAACAUUAUAAUAGGAAAGGUGGUCGAUCUGUCAAAAGAGAUAGGGUGGAGGUAG